AUGUAAUUUGAAUCACCUAGAUUCAAUGUUGAAUUAGAUUAAGAACUAUAAGCAGAAUAAAACGAAGACUUUGAGUAAUAAUAUUUAGGUUUCUGUUUGCGAUCAACCAAAAGGGAGACUUCAAUUAAUUAUCCUCAUCUUUACAGUUAAACGUAGAGUGUAAAAAGUAUUGAAGGAUAUGAUUAAUACAAUGUGAAAAAACUUGAGCAACUUGCAUUAAGAAAUGUUCAAAAAAGUCCUCCUGAAACAAGCAAGACUAUAAUAAAUGUUCCUUCUUAUAAAUAGCAUUCUACAGGAUCAAGCAUGAUGGCUUUCUUUCUUCUUAAAAGGUUUUUGGAAAAACUAUAAAUCAAACGGAGAAUGUUAGAAACAUUAAAUUAUACUCAUCUAAAUUUAAUAGGAGAUAAAGCUGCUGAUAGGUAAAUAUAAGAACUAUUAAAGUAAUAUAUUGCUUCAAUAUGCAAAAUCAAUUUAACGAGCUGGAUUCACACUCUAGGCUAUGAAAAAGCUAUUCGAAAUGGAGUCUUAAAUUGAAGAGACUAAAAUGGAAAAUUUAAAGCAAUACUACUAGAAUAUUAAAAAACAGAUAAUUAAAAUUUGUUAAACCACAAUUAAUCUAAUUCCUUUAAUUUAACCAGAAUCCCUUUUCAAAGUCUAUUGGGAUUUAUUUGCUGUUGUUUUUAGGAUAAUUUUAGUUAUCUUAAUACCUUUAGAAGUAGCAUUUCACACUCAAAUUUUAUUUUAAGAAAAUACAGCAUUAACUGUAAUAAUUUGUAUAGUAUUAAUAAUGGACUUUUUUAUUAGAAUAAAUACAUAAUAAUAUCUUAAUGGUUAAGCUAUUAGAGAUAGAUGGAAAUUAAUAAUAUUUCAAGUAAAAAAAUCAAUAUUCAUUGACUUUCUCUCUAUAAUUAUUUUAUUGAUCUUUUUAUCUUUAAUUCCUGAAAAUCCACAUUAUAAUUUAUUUACAUUAGUAACUCUAACAUAAUAUUCAUAUGUUUAUGAAAUACUAUCUAAAAGUGAAUAAUACUCUUAUUUUACAAGACCUUAAAGAGGUAUAUUAGGAUUAUUAAAAUUUAUGGCAACUCUUUAUUAUAUUUUACAUUUAUUUAGUUGUUUUUGGUUUUGGAUUUCCAGUUUAUAAAUUGAAGACUCUUGGAUCGAUUUUAAAGACUUAACAGACAAACCUUGGUAACUCUAAUAUUUAGAAGCUUUGUAUUUUGCAAUAGUAACUAUGUUGACAAUAGGAUAUGGAGAUAAUGUACCUAAAAAUUCAACUGAAAAAAUUGUAACUAUUAUUUUCAUUUUGGGGGCUUGUUUAUGGUUUUCUUACAGUAUAAAUUUUAUUGGAGGAAUUAUUAAUGAUAUUACCUAGAAUUAGGUUGAAAGAAAUUAAAAAAUGAGAGUAAUUAAUAAAUAUAUGAAUAAAAGAAAUAUACCAUUUGCAUUACAACAUCAGUAAGAAUUAUUAAUAUAUUUUUAAGAAUCAAAGAAUAUUUGACAUAUCGUUGGAAAGAAGAUGAUGAAGUAGAUUUGGAAAUAGAAUAAACAUUAUUAGAUUAAUUAUCUGAUGAAUUAAAAGAAGAAUUAGACAGACAGGCUCAUAAAGUUUUUAUUGAAAAGUCUAUUCUACUUUAAUAGUUCUUUAGUGAAGAGUUUAGAAAUGCUUUAUUUAAAAGUAUUAAGAGAAAAAGUAUAAAUUUAAUUUUAUUAUUUAUAAGUAAUACCUCCUGAAAAUACCUUUUAUAUUGAUUUCAAUGGACAACAUCAUUUAUGUUUUAUAGAAUAAGGACAUUUACUCUAUUAACAUAAAGAUGAAAAAUAAAGAUCCAAAAUGAAUACUAUCAUAGGAUUAGGAGAAUUCUUAUGUGUUAAAGAAUUUAUCAUUGAAGAUCCUGAUAUGGAAUUAUUCAAAGCUGUUGGAUAUGUGAGUUUGUUAGUACUAUCAAAAUAAGAUUUUCUAACAACUCUAAAAGAUUAUCCUGAUGAUUUUUAAAAGUAUUGUUAAUUAAAAGACUCUAUUGUACUAAAUAUUGAUUAAACAGUACUUUAAAAAAGUGUCUACUGUCCUGCAUGUCAGUAAUUUGAACAUACUUUAAGUAAAUGUCCAUACAUUUAACAUAAACCUAAUUUUGAAGUUAUUAUUAAAAAACAUCAGCAUCCUAAAAUAUAAUAGAGGUCUAGUUUUUAAAGAAGAAGAAAGAAAAAUGUGUUUCUUGCUUUAUCAGAGAAAGAUCUUGUAGCAGAAUUUGCUAAAGUAUACUCUAGUGAUAAUCAAUAAUCAAUAAAUUAGUAACUUAAAAUUACCUAUUAUCAUGAAUAAGAUUAGAUGGAUUGUAAUAUUAUUGAUCCUUCAACUUCAGUGGAUAUUUUUAGAGUUUCUUCUUUACUCCCUUAAUAUUCCACAGAAGUUUAAAAUAAAUAGAUUGAUUUAUUAAGUAGUGUCAGAAUGGAACCAAAAUAGCUUAAAGAACCUGAAAUUGAUAUCAAAGGAGAAUUGAGACAAUAAUUAAAUUAAGGUAGACUUAUUAGAAAGAUGACUAUGUUUCCUUCUAAUAAUACUAAAUAAAUUAAAAAAAGUCCAACAAAUACAUUUAUCAUUAAGUAAGUUUAAGAUGAGGAUUGGGAUGAAUCAUUAUAAAUUUAAACAUUUUAAAAUACACAUAAUGACAACAUUAUUCAUGUUUACAAUAAAUUAAAUAAGUAAGAUAUAGAAGAUCCAAUUAUUAAAAAGGCAAUUUCUUAAAUAGAACCAUUAUUUUGGAGAUUAAAUCAAAAAAUGAUUGAAGAUUUUGAAGUCAUAUAAAAUUAUGACUUUUUUUAUUCAUAAUUUAAUGCUGAAAAAAUAAUUGAUUAAGCAAAUAAAAAUAUUCAUCAUUGGUAAAAGGAUAUAAUAGAAAAAAUGUAAAAGUUUAUGCUAUUUCCAUUUAAUUAUAUCUUAAAAUAUUUAAAAUUGAGAAGAAACAGAAUGAAUUAAGCUAUCAUAGAAAAAGGAAAUAAAUUUAAAAGAGUUAAAAAUAAAUUGAGAAUGAUGCAGUUACGAAGUAAUCUAUAAUAGAAAAAGAUUUCUACCACAUCUAACAAAGUAAUUAGAUUUGGAUAGGUAUUACCAUCUAAAGUACUGUCUCGAGACUCAAUCAUUAUUUGA